CAGGGACAUCGCUGUGUUUCGGGGCUCGGGAGUACAAUGUUUUUUUGUUGUUGCUUCUCGGAGCAUUUACUGAGAUGAGCGGCGUUAGGCGGUGUCCCGGACUGCUUGCACAUGAAGUGAACUUGUGUGCCAUCGGAAAUGACUUCGCUCAUCGCCAUACUGGACAUGUGAAAAGGUGGUGGAAGGCGUACACCACCGAGUUUUGUCAUCGUACUGCUCCUAUGUUUUGUGUUCUCGUCGUGCUUUCAAGUUCAUCGCUGCAGUUCCGAGUUCUCUGAGAAAGAAAGAAAAGACUGACAGUGACAAGCCGCGCGUUCUUUCUCCUGAGCAGGUCGUCGGGAGUUGUUGCCACUUAUUUGCUCAUCAUCAUCAUCAUCAUCUCCAGCUUCCUUGUUCUCCUCAGUUCCAGUGAAGGGAUGUGGUCGUGACAGCCUCUCUGUCGAAAAGUGUCGACAGAAUGACUCCACCGUCAUGGCUGCUGUUGUUCACUUCUUUGCUCCUGGCCUCCUCAGGUCUGUGUGAGCUGCCUGCUCCAGUCAAUGUGUCCAUCUCCUCCUUUGGAUUUAUUCACAUAUUAACAUGGGAACCAGGGCCAAUGUCUCCUAGCAACCUAUGCUACAGCGUAAAGGUUCAUAUUGUGAUAAAUGCUACCUGGUUGAGGGUGCCAGAAUGCCAGUGUGUGCAGACCCCGAGGUUGUGUAAUUUGACAAAGACUUUUUCAGAUGUUUGGGAGUCCUAUGCUGUUUCAGUCUGGGCUGUCUUGGGGGAUCAGAACUCUUCCUUGGUGAUGCUCGAUCCAGUCGUACCCAUUUCGAUAACUCAUCCAGAUCCCCCUCUGGUUUUUGUGUCUGAGUGCAGAGACAACCUCUGUGUAAAACUGGAGUCUCCAUCUGGCCAUCUCAAUCAUAUCUACAAUAAGUUUACAUACAAACUGACUAUUGAAAAUGGCAGCAAUAGUCCUCUGACAAAGAAUACUGAAGGCUUAAAGGAUGUGACAUUGAAGAACUUGGACCCAGGCAGAAACUACUGUGUGACAGUCAGUAUAAAAGAUAAAACUGCAAGGAGCAUCCGUCAAUGUGCGUACCUCAGCUCUACAUACAAAACAGAGAUUUUGGUUAUCCCUUCCCUUGUGGCGAUGUUUUGUGUUCUGCUGUUUACCUUGGUUUACUGUAGAAGGUUCAGCCUGAGAACCAAUCUUCCGGAUAUACUGCUUACGGUGAAAUCUUCCAGUAUGCUUCCACUUCCCUUAGAUUAUGACAAGCCUGCUUGUACCUGGGUGGUGUUAGGUGAGGCAGAGCUCCCCAGAAGGCACCAACUGGCUGGUGGGAGUGACAGUGAAGAGGAAAACGAGCAGAACGUGGAGGGUAAAGUGUACAGGGCAGUGGGAAGCUAUGAACAACGUCCAAAGCAGCCCCAUCACUCUGGAAGCCAGAGUGACCCCUCCAUCAUUGAUUUAAUGACCCCACACUGUUCCCCAAAGGGAAGUGAACAUUUCCUCUUCUGUCCUGCGCCCGUGGCUUCGAACCAAGUACUUUUCUCGGACAGUCAGUCUCUUUGUGUGCCUCUUGAUGAUGAUUGCUUCAUUUCUGGGUCAGUUGGAGAAAAUGGGCAAAUUCUCAUAGAUGUUCCCCUUCAACUUUCACAAGUCGAAAAUGCAAGGGAGCAAGACUGCAAAUUAUCAUCAUUUUUGGGCCUCGGAAGACCAGAGCUAGAACCAAAAGAUCAGAACGGUUCAGAAGUGCAGGAAAUGAAACUCUGUUCUGAUGUGAACCUCUUUUCUGUGACUCUGGGAAAGUACAAAGAAGAGGAAAACGAGACACAGGAAAAUGAGGACACUUUGGUCUUGCUGUGUUCCCCUAGAGAAUAUUCUGUUCUCCCCAUGGCAACAAUUAGUGACUCGUGUGAAGACCUUUACAGCGAAGUAGAGGAGGAUGUUAUAGGUUGUUCUGGGUACAUGAGACGUUAAAAAAAAAAAAAAAAA